AUGAACGGUGUCUUUCCAGGCAACAGCAGUCUCUUCCAGCAACUCGAUAAGCAAGUGUUGAUGGUCCUGCGUGACGGCCGCCACCUCGUCGGGUACCUGCGGAGCUUUGAUCAGUACUCAAACAUUAUCCUCGAAGACACAUUCGAGCGGCACGUGGCCGACGGCCUCUUCUGCGACAUUGAACUGGGCCUCAAUAUCAUCCGUGGCGAUAACAUUGUCCUCGUCGGCGAGCUGGACAGCGACAAGGAGCGUGCCCAGCCCCACUUGAAGCGCGUAGAGCUGGAGAAGGUGCUCGAGGCCGAAGAGCGACUGAACGAACAGGGCGAUGCGAGUGUCCGUCAGCAGUGGGACUUUGAGCAGCAGCACUAG